UGUACUACCGAUGUGUGAGGACCUUGCUGACGAUUUUUUUUUAUCGUUGUUGGUAAUUUUUGAGUUGCGGUAUGGGUCUUUAUAGAUCAAAAAGUAUUUUCUUCCUGUCUGCUACUAUUACUUUAGUUUUCCUAAUGAUUACUUUUAAAACUGGAAAUGGGCCUAAUAUACUGACAAGUCAAAAAUAUGUCUGGCAAACUAAAGUUGAUUUAAUAGAUAGACCUAUGAUCGAUAUGUUCCCAACAUUUAUGGAAACUGAAGAGAAACUCCGACAGGACGCAGUUUUACCGGUAUUUACAAACAAAACUGAAGGAGUUGGCUCGAUGGGACACACAGAUCCAACAAUGAGUAAAUUCUUCAUUAAAGACGGAAAACCAAUAUUAUUCGGUGAAUUCUUUAGCGUCAUAGUUGAAGCCCAUGACGCAAACGGCCGUCAUCGUGUCCAAGGUGGUGACUUUUGGUACCCAGUUGUCUCAAAUGGAAAUAGAUUUGCUACUGCAGGAAAAGUUAUCGACUUUAAAAAUGGAACUUAUGAGAUGGUUUUUUUCGCCGGUUGGCACGGAGAAAUGACAGUGAACAUUAAACUUGUGCACACAAACGAGGCUGUUCGGUUUAUCCUACAUGAAAUAUGGCACAAGGGAGGCCGAACAGUAUGGGAAGGACAAUUCAAAGUCGGAGAAAACAUAGAGACUUCGUUAUGCAGAUUAGAAACAAACGGUAUCUGGCAAAAUAAAUGUGAAUACCCGAACCCGCAGGCGCUCGGUGGAAGUUUGGUGCUGCUUUGUGAUCGCCCGCCUACUUUGCCGUGCUCAGCAUUUUAUGCUUUACACGUUAAUGAACAUUCUACAACAGUCGUUACAAUGGUAUAUUCAUCAUUAAGAAAAACGCAUGACAAUUUUUUUACAAGUAAAAAUAAUUUCGCACGAUUAGAAAAUGGACCAAUUCAACUGAAAAGUGAAACAAAUGAAAGCUUCGACAUAGUCGACUCCGUCAUUAAAUCACUAAAACUACAAAAAUGCCGACCGGAUGUACCAGAACCUUUGAGUGAUGGAUUCUGGGAAAACAAAACAUGGCACUCAUUUUCAUGCAAUACAAAACAAUGGACACGCGAUGAGAUCAAAGAUUGUGUUAAAGGGAAGAAGCUAUUUUUUAUGGGAGAUUCAACGUCGCGGCAGUGGUAUCACAAGUUACUUGUUUUAUUAGGAUUUCCCCUUCCAGAAGAUAUGGCACAGACAGCAAUGCAUCUACAGAGCGAUAUUAUAAAUAUGACUUUUAUAUUCCAUUCGUACAUUGUCAGUAAAAGACUGGAAUUGGAAAAUUUUGCAAACUUCGAGGUUGAUCAAUUAGAUUAUUUGCCGAAAGACACAUGUGAUUAUAUCAUUACAAUAAGUCCCUUCGCCCAUUAUGAACAUUGGACAAAGGAGGCAUAUAUAACUCGUCUUGAAAACAUUCGUACAGGAAUAUUCAAAUUCAGAAAAAGAUGCCCAGAAGCAGUUUUUGUUAUCAAGGGCUCACAUGCGAGACGAGUAAAAACUGAGGAGAAGAAAGAAAUAAAUGGGUACUUUACAAGUGAUUUGCUCUUAUAUCAGUUUCGAAGACUCUUACGUGAGACAUUCUCAGGAAUGAACGUUCAUUUCUUAGACAUUUGGGACAUGAAUCUAUCGUACUACACUCCCAAUACAGUACAUAUGCCACCUGAUGUCAUAUUACAAGAACUCUUUAUGUAUUUUUCUCAUGUUUGUCUGCAAUAAUGCUUUUGCAAUUGAACGAUCAUAACUGAAAUGAACAUGUUCUUUGUUUUUAUAAAUAUUUACGGAUGUUUUGAAUCUUUCUAAACUGAAAACAGAUUGAAAGGCAGUUUGUAGAAAUGUGACGAGUAAAGUGAUUAUCAAAAACAACACGUCGGAGCUCUAUGAAAAGUGAAUUGUAGAAACCACAAAUGUAUUGAUUGACUUGAACUGAAGAUUGCACAUCAUUCCAACAAAAUUUAUUUACAGAAAUGCCGUAGCCAUGAUUUUCAGACAGUGCGAGACAAUAUCAGGGUGGACCCACUUUACGUGGAAAUUCAAAUAAUGUGGACCGAUUUUCUUAAAAGUUAACCCUUUUUACGCAAAAAAUAUGAAAAAGUUAACCCAUUUUCUUAAAAAAAAAAAAAAAAAAUAUUGUGUGGGACUGUCCCAAUAGCUGGCUACGGCAUUUGAUGUUCUUCUAAUGUCAGAUAGACCGCUGCUUUUUUUCUAAAGAAAAUGAAAGUUUACGUCAGCAGCACAGCGUGUGGAAAUAUAAGUUAUUUCGAUAUUUUCCCUACCUGAGGUGUUAUUAUUUCUAAUAAUGUAAUGUAAAAAGUUUAUCAAAAAUGAAUUGUGCAAUGAAACACUUGAGUCAUAAAACUAUCAUACCAGUUAUGUUAAUUUAUUUACAUUUUUAAUGUUGAUUGUGCAUCCUAAAUAAAAAUGAUAAAACUA